AUGGCCCCGCAUACCGAGCAGUUUCAUGAUGCGCAAGACCAUACGGCUGACUACUCAGUUCAGGGCGGCGUAGUGCCCGGGAUUUCCGAGGCUCGAGAGCUUCACGAGCCCGAAGCACAGUCAGACCCUGAGCAGCCAGAAGAGGACUUCGACGAGCAACAGCAGCGCGCCCAUGACGCCGAGGCGCACUUCAAAAACCUCAGUUUCCAGGGAGUACCAAAUUCGACAAUGAACGGGCACCGCACGCCUGCGUCCGGUGAAGAAAAAGACGAGCAGGCUACGUGGCUGAAGCGGAUGAACCGCCAGGACUCGUUCAGCGGCUGGCGCAAGGAGGUUGGCCAGGCUUUCCGCAGGUUUUCCAAACUCACAUCCCGCAAGAACGGGCGCGGCGAGCACGCGAGGAACGCGCGUCGUUCUAUUGCGCAGGCGCCGGACGCCGAGGAUGAGUACACGCAAAACCUGGCCUCUGACUUGAUUGACACGCUCAUUUCCGGGUGCCCCGCCGCACUUUUUGCCAGCUGCUCAUUCUUGCGCGACGAGCACGGCGUUCGAAGGGCGCCCUUGCUCCUGGCAAUGCUCGGCGUGAAGGUGUCGCCCUCUGCCUCUGGCGAGACGCUGGACCCGCAGCUCGUUCGGCAAAGUAGCCACACCAGCGCCACGUCAGUUUCGAAUGCAAGGCAUGAUAUCCAGAACUACGACGUCAAGUUCAAGUUGGAGCUCGAGUACGGCGUUGGCUACAACAGAAUGAAGUGGACGGUGAUCAAGUCCUACAAGGAUCUCGCCUCGCUGCACAGUAAGCUCAAGCUCAUGUCCUUCCAGCAAAAUGCCAUCAACAAGCUGUACAUCGACCAUCACCGCUUUCAGCAACUGAACUUGCCACAUUUCCCCCGCUUCUACGACCAUUCUCGAAAGGAGGGAUCUGCUGCCCUGGACCAGGUUCUGGAAGACGACGAGGCUAGUAACUCUCCGGAAGAGUCACAGUUGCGCGAAGCGCCUCGGCGAGGCAAUGAGUCAUUGGCCUCUGGACGCACGUCGAACCACUUUGAAAUCAAAAAGUUUCGUAUGAAGCACCUGCAGGACUUAUUAGCGGACCAGGACGACACUAAUAAGCCUAUACAUGUCAGAAUUGAGCGCUAUCUGAAACUCUUGAACUUAGCGCUCUGCCUGCGGCCUCAAGCAAACCGCCUCUUCCAGUUUUACGAACUGUCCCCAAUUGGUAACCUGCUCAGCUACGAGAACGGAUAUCAAGGCAAACAGGGCUACAUGGUCGUGAGGUCCACAGCCAGUACGCAGGGCUGGAGAGUUUCGCACUUCAGGUUCCGCGAUUGGAGGGCUAUGGUUGAGAGACACACUAAUAAGUGGUUCUUGGUCAGACACUCAUACAUCUUGUAUGUCUCCGAUCUUCACUCGGCAACACCUCUUGACGUCUUUCUUGUCGACGCCGACUUCAAGAUCCGUGUCCCGGGUGAGCUGGAAGUUUCAGUCGACGACUACCAGGACUUCAAUCCUCUUGAAGACAACUCAAAGAAGCUUUCUACAAAAUUAAUGAUUACACUUGAAAACAGUGAGCGUAAGAUGCAAAUGAUCGUUAAGUCAGAGUUUCAAUUGAAGCAAUGGAUUGCGUCAAUGUCAAAGAUGGUUAAGUCUACUAUAUGGUCGCAGAAGAAAAGAUUCGACAGUUUCGCACCCAUCAGACGCAACUGUUUCUGUAAGUUCCUUGUCGAUGGAAGAGACUACUUUUGGGCUCUAAGUGAGGCGCUCUCGAUGGCCCAGGACGUCAUUUACAUUCAUGACUGGUGGCUAUCACCUGAACUGUAUAUGCGGCGCCCAUUCAAGGGAAAUCAGGAGUACCGUAUCGACAGAAUUUUGAAAGAGAGAGCAGAGAAAGGUGUCAAGAUCUUCGUGGUUGUUUACAGAAACGUAGGAUCAACAGUUGGUACGGACUCUUCCUGGACAAAGCACUCCAUGUUAAGUCUGCACCCCAACAUUCAUCUAAUAAGAUCUCCUAAUCAGUGGCUUCAAAAUACUUAUUUCUGGGCCCAUCACGAAAAGAUGACGGUUAUCGACCACAGUAUCGCAUUCAUGGGAGGUAUUGAUCUCUGUUAUGGUAGAUAUGAUACCCCUGAGCAUGUGUUGCGAGACGACAGCCCGGAACUCCAGGAACAGAUUUUCCCAGGUAAAGAUUACUCAAAUGCAAGAGUGUGUGACUUUUAUGACCUUGACAAGCCUUUCGAAUCAAUGUAUGAUAGAAAAGAGAUACCAAGAAUGCCAUGGCACGAUGUUCAUACAAUGAUUGUUGGCGAGCCCGCGAGAGAUAUGUCCCGUCACUUUGUUCAGAGAUGGAACUACUUAUUGAGACAAAAGCGCCCCAGUCGCCCUACACCUCUUCUGACACCUCCAAGUGACUUUACGGAAGAGGAAAUGAAGAGAUCACCCUUGUUCCAAAGUUUGGCUGACCGCUCGACAUGUGAAGUGCAAGUGUUGAGAAGUGCCGGUAACUGGUCUUUGGGUCUGAAGAAAACUGAGCAUUCUAUCCAAAAUGCUUACCUAAAAUUAAUCGAGACGUCCAACCACUACGUUUACAUGGAGAAUCAGUUCUUUGUCACAAGUUCAAGCUGGGACGGCGUUGUCGUUGAAAACAAAAUUGGCGAUGCAUUGGUCGAUAGAAUAAUCAAGGCAAACAGCGAAGGCAAGACUUGGAAAGCUUUCAUAGUUAUUCCUUUAAUGCCUGGGUUCGAUUCACCAAUCGACAAGCCAGAAGGCUCUAGUGUUCGUGUCAUCAUGCAAUGCCAAUACCAAUCUAUCUCCAGGGGUGAAACGUCUAUCUUUGCCAGACUCAAAAAACUCGAUAUUAAUCCUCUACAAUACAUCCAAUUUUUCUCCCUGAGAAAAUGGUCGACACUUGGUCCCAAUGACCGCUUAGUCACCGAACAGCUUUAUGUGCACGGCAAGGUUCUAAUUGUAGAUGACAGAGCUUGCAUCAUAGGUAGCGCAAACGUCAACGAAAGAUCAAUGUUGGGCAACAGAGACAGUGAGGUCGCAGCGCUCAUCAGGGAUACAGAUUUAGUUGAAACGAGAAUGGGCGACCAGCCAUAUCUUGCUGGAAGGUUUGCUUGGGAAUUAAGGCAAAGACUAAUGCGGGAACACUUAGGCUGUGAUGUUGAUAUUGUGGAGGUCGUGGAAAGAAAGUUUGGAAAGCUUGAACAAUUAGCUGAGCUCAACUAUAAAACGUUGCACACUUUAGAUGGUGAUGAUGCGAGCGACAGAGAAGCCAAGCUGGCUUCCGCAUUGAUCGAAGUUGGCUACCGAGAGGUUAUGAACACGGAGUCGAGUGAAGCUUGGAAGCAAAAGCAUAAAUUCACUGUUGGCAGCAAUGGUAUUGACAACCCGCUGGAAACGUACAACGAGAAAGACGAAUUUUCUGGUCCUGUUGACACUGAAAACACAGAUUCAAAGACUGAACUUCCUCAACGGAAAGAAGAGGAAAAUUUAGCGUCAUGUUUGAACCAUUAUCAUUCCUUCAACAACAGAGCUGGUGAGGCUAAUCUUGGAAUCCAGGAAAAGAAACCAAUAAGCACAGACUCGAGACUUGUAAACAAUGAGAUGCAUGCCGACGAUGUCAAGGGCUUGGGCCGUGAUGGAUGGAAGAAGGUGAGCAAAAAGUUCAAACAAAAUGUAACAGAAAAAUUGAGAGCUUGGGCGGAUAAAGUGCUUUCGACUGGUUUACGAGGGAAUAGAUCUCGUGGCUAUGACACAUUUUUGCCCGACAGAGAGGACGUGGAGAGCUACCUGCAGGAUAGUUCCGUAACCGACAUAGAAAAAUGGGACAUGCUGAAGCGUAUUUGCUACUUGCAGCACCUAUCUUACAAGGUCGAAAGAAAAAAACGGACUGAAUCGGACAACAAGUACUCGUCAUCGUCGAUGCACUCAGUUUCAAGUGUUGAAGGGUUCGCCAACGAGUCAGCUCGCACGCAUGAGAAGCACGCUGGAAUCCUGCAAAAGCAGGAGCUGGAUGAUGAGAUCAUUGACGACAUGCUUUUGCAGCUAUUGCCGCCCAUUGGCGGCUACAAGUCGCGUCAGAAAGCGUUCCUCAAGCUCAAGUUUAUCGAUCCAUAUGCGUUUGAAGAUCCACUUUCGGACCUUUUCUACGAGGACAUGUGGUUUGCCAUCGCGCUGCGCAACACCAUGUUAUUCCGACUAGUGUUCCACUGUCAGCCGGACAACUCGGUACAGACUUGGCGCGACUAUAAAGACUUCAACCGCAUGCAGGAGGAAUUUAACUCUACUCAAGACACCUUGAUUGAGCUGGAGCAGCAGAACAUACCAGGCAAGCCUCAGCCCCAAGUUUCCAACACUGAGGACGACUCCUCUUUCAAAACGGCCCCUAACAGCACGAACGCCAAAAACAACGCUUCCCAACACGACUCCCGGGCACGCUCGAGUGCUCUGAAGAUGAAGCUCUCUAGCAGCGUACUAUACGGGGCAAACCAGCGUAUUUUCGACAAGCACACGGCUAGAAGGAUUCUGGAGCGCAUUCACGGCCACCUGGUUGUAUUUCCUACUGACUGGCUUGCUAAAGAAGUCGAAUCCAAGAAUUGGUUCUACAAUGCCGACAGAUUGCCACCCAUCGACAUCUACGACUGA